AUGAACUGCUGGAGAGCUAUAUUGCCUUUGGUGCUGAAGCUCAAAAGGCAAUACUGGUUUCACAAUGGCCUCCAUUGGUGCAGCAAGUGCAGAAUUUUCCUUUGAGGUAUUCGAUGAGCUGAAAGCCCAGUAUCCCAAUCAGAACAUCAUCUUCGCCCCCUUGAGCAUCCUGUCAGCUCUGUCCAUGCUCUACCUGGGUGCAAGAGGAAACACCAAGGCCCAGAUAGAUAAGGUUGUUCACUUUGAUAAAAUCACAGGAUCUGGAGAGACUGUUGAAUCUCAGUGCAGUACAUCAGUAAACGUCCACACUUCACUUAAAGACACGUUCAUCCAAAUCACCAAACCAAGUGACAAUUAUUCACUCAGCUUUGCCAGUAGACUUUACGCUGAAGAAACAUUCCAAAUCCUACCGGAAUACAUACAAUGUGUGAAGGAACUGUAUAAAGAAAGCGUGGAAACUGUCAGCUUUCAAAAAGCUGCAGAUCAAGCCAGAGAGCUCAUCAACUCCUGGGCUGAAAGUCAGACAAGUGGAAUGAUCAGAAAUAUCCUUCAACCGGGCUCUGUGGAUCCCCAGACUGAAAUGGUCCUUGUCAAUGCCAUUUACUUCAAAGGAGUGUGGGCGAAAGCAUUUAAGGUUGAAGGCACCCAGACAAUGCCGUUCAGAGUGACUGAGCAAGAAAGCAAACCUGUGCAGAUGAUGUACCAGCUUGGUUCAUUUAAAGUGACAGACCUGCCUCCUGAGAAAAUGAGGAUCCUGGAGCUUCCAUAUGCCAGCGGCAUGCUGAGCAUGUGGGUGAUCUUGCCUUAUGAUAUCUCUGGCCUGGAGCAGAUUGAGAAUGCAAUCACCUUUGAAAAACUCCAGGAGUGGACCAGUUCUAAUUUAAUGGAAGAGAAGACAGUGAAAGUGUACCUCCCCCGCAUGAAGAUGGAGGAGAAAUACAACCUCACAUCUGUCUUAAUGGGCUUGGGUAUAACUGACCUGUUCAGCUCAUCAGCCGAUCUCUCUGGCAUCUCUUCAGUAGAGCGCCUGAAGGUGUCUGAAGCUGUUCAUCAGGCAUUUGUUGAAAUCGAUGAAGCAGGCAGUGAGGCGGCAGGCAUAGCAGGAGCUGCAGUCAAGGAUGAAAGUGCUUCUCCAGAGUUUAAGGUUGACCACCCUUUCCUCUUCUUGAUCAGGCACAAUCCAACCGAUGGCAUCCUAUUCUUAGCCAGAUGCGUUUCCCCUUAAAGACAAGAAAGCUGAAAGAGUUUCUGUCCCUCACAGCAAGACCCAGAGCACUGCAGUAUCAAGGGUAAAAAGAAAGGUAUACUCUCUUUUUCAUCCAUAUUUUCUAAAUGCAGAGGGCUUUCU